AUGCGUUCUCUCGUUGUUUUUCGCCUGGCUUUGGGCCUGUUUGCCGGCGGGGUUGCUGUCGCUAGCCCAUGCAAACCUAUGUCGGUCGCGACGACAUCUGGGAGCAUCUCAAUCGUCUCAACCGAAACUUCAUCUAUGGCAUCCACUGCAUCAUCUACUGCAGAUGUGUCGGCUACAUCUGCCAUGUCCGAAUCGUCCGCAGAGACUUCUGCGUCUUCAGAGGCAGCCGCUUCUACAACCAUUGAGGCAUCCAUUGAGGUAGCCUCUUCUACAACGAUCGAGGCAUCCAUGACUACCACGUUUGCCGUGGAUUCAACGACCGCAGAACCGACAACCGCAGAACCAACCACCACUGAAGGCACCACCACAGCACCCAUGCCCACAUUCACUAUGUUUGCUACUGGAGAAAGUUCCGUAGAGGGAGAGGGUCUCCACACGUACAACAACGAGAAUUCCGUUGCUGUUUUCCAACCCAAUCUCAUCUUUGGCACUCCUUUAGUGCUAACAUACACCAUCGAUGCCCAGGGAAGACUUAUCAACGAUCAGGGCUUUUUCCUUUGCGGAUACUACCUUGCGACCAACAGCGCACUCGACGCACCUGCUUCAGUUAGUGCCUGCCUGAGUGACAAGCCAAAGAGCCCUUUCCUCAACUGCAAACUCUCUUCCGAGCUCGAUGUCCAAUGCAGUGUCCCAGCUCGGUCUUGCGCGUCUAAUCCAAGAGGGGGUGAGCCGAUAUGUGAAGAGACUGGCGGUACUUGGAGCACUUGGUCUAAUGGUGCCGUAUUUGUCGGUCGUGGUCUCAUGCUUGGACCAGUUGAUACUCCUGACACAUAUGAACGCAUUGGGUUACGUGCAUCCUUGGUAUAA